AUGUUUGCGACCGUAGAUGGGAGUGAGGCGUGGGUUUCGGCGGUGCUAGAUGGUGAGCCAACCCGGCCGCAUCUCCAGCUGAAAAUCCUCGAGGAGGAGGAGGACCGACACGUGGCGGAUCUCUCGACCCAGACGUGGCGAGAGAGUGCGGUGCCGAAAACACUCGAGCGCCUUCUAUCGAUGGGUGGCGAUGACGAAGAGGCACAAAGCGGCUUCGACAAGGCGCUGGUCGAAUCCUUUGACAAGCUUCUACGCUUACCAAGCUCUACUGAUUUAGCCAAGGACGAUCAUGCAAGCACGUACGACACAGACAUUGAUACUAUCGUAGUAUCUGGGGAGCCCUCGAUUACGGUGGCGGAUUGUGAUCCCUCCGAAUGGAGCUCGCGUUCAUUCAAUGGCGCUUCCUCAUCCCGACAGAGCUCCGGGCUUGCGAACCCACAAGAUGACGAGACUCAUAUGCCCCCGGAUUGGCCCUUCUUACUCGACACCUACCUAGCUACAGUUCACUGGGACGAAGCCUUUAUUUACGCCGUACUUUCGCUCGCCCUCUACCAAAGAGCCGUGGCAAAGUCUGACCAGGCGGAUAGACUGCGCCUCCUGGCCGAUUGUGAAAAGUUCGGGCGCAAAGCGAGGCAAUCCUUGCGCAGCGAUGGACGGAAGAAAUAUGACCUAGGACAUAUCCAAGCGCUGACCCUUUUAUCCCUAUUAGAGGUAGCUCGCGGGGAGUGGUCAGAAGCGUGGGUAACCAUCGGGCACGCCGUUUACAUAUCGUCGAGUCCGGACCUCGAGCUUGGGCUGCAGCAUGGCGGGGCUCACGACGACGGAAAGAGAAGGGCUCUUUGGGGUUGCAUUUCCCUCGAAACCCUCAUUGCCGCGCGAAUCCAGCGCAGACCCUACUCGAAUCGUACCGAGAUGCGGUCCAUUGGGCCCAUGCAGGCGGAUGGCAUCGAAGAAUGGGAGCCCUCGCAGGAACAUCCGGCCCAGGGCGCGGCGAGGGGAUCCGCACAUGCCCCCGCGCGCGUUCUGAGCAUUUACUCGCAUUUUACCCAGUUGAUUGGCGGUCUCAACGACCUCGUGACGCAGGAGAAAGCUACAGAGGAGACGGGGUUGCUGCACAAAAUUGCCGAGAUCCUCUCCCAGUGUGAGCAGGCUGCAUCCAUUGACUACCAGCAGCCAACCACCCAUGAUUUAUCGCUCCAGCAGCUCAAUCUUUACAUUGCGUUUGCGUGCAUUCGAGAAUUCGCGACUGCCAGGCAGCUAGCUCACAUUGAUAGUAGCGAGGCUUCGGCACUUUGCGAGCGCAACUGGAAACUUGUUCACCAGCUAAAGCACACGUUACAGCAACAUAUUUCGGCAUUCCACUCGUCUUCCAUCCCCCUUCUAACACCAAUUUUCCUGCAUCUCCUACAGAAUGCCGUAAGCUACGAAGCUGCGACUCUUGAGGAACCAAAUUUGAGGGAGCAAGCAGGCUUGCUGAGUACCUCUUUAUAUGAGCUUGGGCAGGCGCUGGCGGGCCACUUUGGCUAUACACCUGCAGGAAACAUAUACCCGGCAGGGAUGAACUCGCUGUCCCCAACGCAUUAUCGGAUCCCGCAGUCUUCAGCGCCAGCAUUCCCGAUUUCUGCUCAACUCGGCCUUCAAACCAAUAUCAAUAUCGCUAGGACGUUGGACCAACUAUCGGUAGAUAAAGACUCCGCGUCUUCCCAAUCCAUGGACAUUGACAUACUUGGGAAUUCGGGAUUCCACCGCGUCACCCCUCUGGACUCGUUAGAUGCCAACUCCAUGCAUGGCUCGGGACUUUUGAAUACAUAUCAAGGUUUAGGCUCGGAUUCUUUGCUCGAUCCGCUUCCACAGAGCAUGACGGACGAUCAGCUAUUUGACACCUUGGCAACUUUGGAUUCUACUGACGACUGGCAACAACUCGACGGGGAUGCUGUGCCGCCGCCCAUCAAGUCGCGAGUCUUGGCUGCCCCAACCAACGAACUGAUUGGGGUGGCUGCUGAACCCUCGAUCCUGUCCGCCUCUCUUGGCCGUGCCUGGCUGCACGACUUUGACGAAAAAGCCACGCAAGCCUCCAAAGCAGGCUUUGAGGGAAUCGAAAUCUUUUACGAAGAUAUCGACUACCUUGCUCGCAAAAAUAACAAUACCGAAUGCCCCGACGAUGGCCAGAUCCUUGCCGCGGCCCAGAGCAUGCGGGACCUCCUCGACCGACUGCAGCUCACUGUGCUCGGGCUCCAGCCAUUCUUGUUCUACGAGGGUCUCCGGGACCGCGACGAACACGCGCGCCUGAUUGAGAAAAUCAAACUCUGGUUCAAGAUUGCCAAGACCUUGCGGACCGACACGAUUCAGAUCCCCGCUAAUUUCUUGCCCGAGGAGAAGCUGACGGGCGACAUGGAUGUCAUCGUGGGGGAUCUGAGGCAGCUCGCUGAUCUGGGGUUAAAGGAAGACCCGCCGGUCAGAUUCGCGUACGAGGCGCUGUGCUGGAGCACACUCGUCAGCACGUGGGAAAAGUCCUAUGAAGUCGCCGUCAAGGUGGAUAGGCCCAACUUUGGGCUCUGCCUCGACACGUUUAACAUUGCCGGGCGCGUUUGGGCCGACCCCGCGUCCCCGACUGGCAAGACACCAAACGCAGACCAGGAUUUGAAAGAGUCUUUGGAGCGUUUGCUCGAGAUAGAUCUGAGCAAGGUCUUCUAUAUACAAGUUGUCGACGCAGAGAAGAUGGAGACGCCCCUUGUCAAGGGUCAUCCAUUCCACGUCGAUGGCAACCCUCCGAGGAUGAAUUGGUCGCGCAAUGCGAGGGCAUACAUGUACGAGACAGACAGGGGUGCAUAUCUUCCAGUUGAGGACGUCGCGCGAACUCUCAUCCACGGGCUAGGCGUAUUCCAAGGACUGGCUUAG